AUGGGAGAGCCUCAGUUGGAGGUUGCCAAACAUAUCAAGUAUUGGCAAAGAUGUUUUAAAUCUCUAUUACCUACUGCUUAUACCAGCACCGAUUCCACGCGCAUGACUCUUGGCUUCUUCAUACUUUCCGCUCUCGAUUUACUUAAUGUUGGCGCAUCUACAUUUCCAGAGUCGCAACGCAGGUCUAUACGAGCUGGGAUUCUAAGGUGUCAACAUCCUUUUGGAGGCUUUUGUGGUUCUACUAAUCAUAGGUUUCCCGAUAUUUAUUAUGCGGAUGUAGGGCAUGGGAAAAGGGAUGUUGAUCCUGCGAAUUUAGCUGCGACAUUUUUUGCCAUUUUGAGUCUAGGUUUUGUGGGUGGAUUAGUGGAUGUGAAGAGAAGAGAGUGUUUGCGAUGGAUGAAAAGGCUGCAGCGGGAAGAUGGAAGUUUUGGCGAAUUUGUUACGGAAGAUGGGAAAAUACAAGGUGGGAGAGAUAUGAGGUACUGCUAUGUGGCUACAGCAAUUCGAUGGAUAUUGACCGAAGAUGCGCAUGAGGAGAUGGGAGAUGAUGAUAUUGAUGUGGAAAAAUUGGUGGAGCAUUUAAGAGCUGGGCAGACAUAUGAUGGGGGGAUCUCAGAGAGUGCUCAGCAUGAGGCACAUGCUGGGUAUACCUAUUGUGCCAUAGCAUCUUUAUCUCUCCUCGAUCGGCUGCCGAAAUGCCCCUCCUCGCAAUCUACCGACUUGUCAAAUUCAAACCCCACUUUACCCGGUCUCACGAACCUGCCGGAGACUAUUAGAUGGCUAGCAUUAAGGCAGACAUCUUAUGAUGGAGAAAAGAAAGGAGAUAAAAAUAAUCACAAAGAAGCGGCAUCGGACCAUUAUUUUGUACCGGAAGUUGACUCUACAUUCGUUGGCUUCAAUGGGCGGUGCAAUAAGAAGGUUGAUACUUGUUAUUGUUUUUGGGUUGGAGCUUCUCUAAACAUGCUUGGGCACCGCGACGUUAUCAACAGAGAUGGAUCUCGAAGGUUUCUAUUCGAGAAAACACAACAUAUGAUUGGUGGAUUUGGGAAAACACCAGGGGAUAUACCAGACAUCUAUCACUCGUAUCUAGGUCUUGCUGCUCUAGCAGUGCUAAAGGAACCUGGGAUUAAAGAACUCGACUCCGCCUUGUGUAUCAGUAUGGAUGCCAAAAAGAACAUAGAAGAGCUAAGAAAAGCUGCAUUAGUCCCUCAGAAGACAUACUGGGUGCAUGGAUACAGUUUCAAAGUAAGGGAAGACAGCCCCGAAUUUGGAGAAAAGAUGGCGAUGAAUGAGGGACCGCCAAAAAGUCUAAUAGAUGCUUUUGAAGGAGUUAAGAUAGCGGUAUAA